GUCAAUGCGAAUCAAAAUUUUUCGUUGGGUUAAAAACUUUACCCUAAAUAUUGAUGAUUUAAAAUAACUAAGUGCUAUAAUCAUCGCUCCAUAAAUUGUGUUAUCAGCUACAAUUGCGUAAUUAAAAAUGUAUCUCUCUUCUGUUAGUUCUCGCUUACAUCUGCACGAUACUAACAGUUGGGAGUUAAAAAAAUCCUACGGAUGUUAUGAUGGUCUAAUGAGAGACAUAUCAUGGAGCGAUGAUGGUAAAUACAUAUUACAGGUCAACUGCAAAGGUUUAAUCGAAAUUUUAACACCCGCAGACCAUGACAUUCGUAGCUUACAGCACAUUCCGUUGAAAGACACCUGGUCAGCUAGUUUCCAUCGAGAGGGCCACCGAAAUGUCGCCAUAGGCACGAAGAGCGGUAAUGUUUUGAUAUGGGACACGAAGAAUAAGACUAUAACGAAAACAUUCCCCACUCCCACGCAUCAGGCUAGCGUUAACUACAUUAGUUAUAACGCCAAAAAUAAUAACUUAGCAGCUACCAUGAAUAAUGGAGAAACUGUCAUUUACGGACUAGUUUCUAACAUUCCAAUUUUAACAGUCAAACUUAAUUGUUCGAAAAGCGUUUCCGCAAUGAAAUUCCAUCACGAAACACGCUGGUUACUAGGCUUAGCUACAGAUGAAGGACAUGUAGUCCUACGAGAUAUUAACACAAAUAAGGACAAAGCUUUUUUUGAUAACAUCCAUGCAGCACCUGUUAGCGAUAUUGCAUAUUCAUUGAUUAACAAAGAUGUCAUGUUGUCCAGUGGUUAUGACAAAAUUGUUCAUGUAUAUGACAUAAGACUCCAAAAUGUAGUGUCUACCAUCAAAACAUCUUACACAUUGUCUUCUGUAGCUAUAAAUGCUGACAAUCAAGUUGCUAUCGGGACCAGAAAUGGAGUAGUUAUGAUUUACGAUUUGAGAGAUUUAACCAAUCCGUUUACAACUUUAAAAGGUCAUAGUGAGGAGGUGAAGAAAGUAGCCUUUCAACAUUCAAGGAAGAAGCCACAAUUGAAUGAAAUAAGCAUUCAAGAGGACACUGAAUUACACUUGACACCUUGUAAACCGAGCCCCGCAAAACCUAGGACUUCUGACAUGUUCCUAAUCUCGGAUUCACCUAACAAGGAUAUCCUAGGUGUUUCUGAAAAAACUGAAGAUAGAGCUGAUUCAUUCCUAGUACUGAUGGGGUUAGACAAGUCUAAUGAAGAUGAUGUAAAUGAGUCGCAAUUUAAAGAUAGCAGCAUGUUCGAAAGAAAUAAAAGAUUUGACAUAGAAAAGGAUACGAGUAAAACUUCAACACCUCUUCAAAAUCAAGUCACUGAGAAUUUAGAGUUUCAGUCUCCCAUUUUAAACGGAGCUCCUGAUGAUGGGAGACCACUAAACUUGAUAAACGGAGAAAAGGAAAAGAUUUCGAGAUAUGAUUCUGGUAUUGUUGAAGAACUUAAAGAUUUCAUUGAGUUCAGUCUUGCAGAUGUUGCAGAGGAUAAUAAGAACUAUUUCCUACACAUCAUGAUGGUUCUGACGAAGCAGAGGCUUUCGUUGGAGAGACAGAUGGCAGCCAUGAGUUCUCAGAUCUCGAUGAUGCAGCAGAACCAGAAUGAGUUGGUGGAUGCAAAUAAGAGACUGGUCUUGCAAGUGGAGCAAUUGAAAUAUGCUGCUAACAAUAAUCUUUAAACUAUUGCCAUCGACUUUUACCAAUUGUAAAGAUCCAUUUUUUUACCCAAUAGAAGAUAAAUCCACACAGAGGCUGGCCCUGAUAUAGCCUAACUAAUCUCAUUGUUAUAGAUAUUUUGUCUCUCUCUGGUUCUAUCUUAAGCUGUUCUCACAUUCGGCUUGUGUCCUGUGGUGGUGUGAUAAAGCCUUUACCUUAAAGUGAUGGACAAAUGUGUUAUUUUAAUGAUAAAGGGUAUACCAUGCUAGUAUGUUAUGAAUAAAAUAGCUAUGCUUAAUUUUACUACUUCUGAAUAUUGUUUUUAUUGUAAUUUUGUGCUUAUGUAAGUAAAUCUUCUUAUUGUGUAUGUUAAGAGGCCGGUGUCGAUUUUAGUCGCAAAAAUGUAAAAUUGAUAGAUUUAGUCGGUGAAAUUGUACACCUUUUGUUACCUAAUUGAAAUAACAAAUACUGGUUUCUAUUAGCGCAUCUUCUUAUCUUACCUUUUAUCAGAUCAAUUUGUUGAAAACAGACUCACUAAAUUAGUAAUGUUUGCUUUUCUGAUGGACGUUUAGGUAAACGCGCGUAAAGCACUGAUUUUGUCGCUCUUAUUUGUAAAUUUCGUAAAGUUUGGACAGCUAAACAUGGUAAUUUUGUAUUACACAUAUCCUGUACUUAACGUUUAUCAGACUACAUUUUUAUUAUUAUGACUUUGAAGUAGUGUAAAUGAAAGUUAGACAAAAUCAAUUUUCUCCAGAAAUUACUUCAAAACAAGUGACAAUUUCUCUGAAAAUCGACUUAAUUUCAACGUAAUUUUGAUACUUAAACAAUCUACAACAUUUGUUGAAACUAUUCUUAUACAUCAAUUUGUAUAAUUUACCACCAUAAAUUUUUGAUGAAUUUUUAAAAACUGCCCCUUUUCAUAUAUUACCGGUGACGCACGCUUGCGACCUCAUUAUUAAAAGGCAAGAUGAGAAGACGUGCUAAUAGAAACCAAUAGUUGUUAUUUAGAUAUUACGUAACAAAACGUGUAUAAUUUCAACGACUAAAUCUAUCAAUUUAAAAUUUUUGCUCCAAAAUCGACUACGGCCUCUUAAAAGUGUAACUGAUUGACUGUUAGUGCCUUCGGUUUAAGCAUAGAUCUUUCAAAAUGUACAUAAAUUACUUGUUAGUGAUGCCCUAUUAUUUUUAUGUUAGAAUGACAGCACUGUACCUUGCCCCAAAAUUGUAUAAUUUGAAAAUAAUGCAUAACUUAUAUAUAUUUACCUAAAUAAUAUUUUACUAAAAAAAAUUAUACACUGUUAAAUGAAAUUUUACUGGCAUAGAAAUGUAUUAAGAAUCUUGUGCCAUGAUAGCUGUAAAGAUUUAAUCUAACUCAGUAUUAUUUAUAAAUUCCAUGACAAUAAAUGUGUGUGCUGUUGAGUUUGUUGUAACUAGUAACUAUGUAUAAAAAACUAAAAAUUAAAUUAUAACUAAACCCCAA